AUGUUUGUGGAGAUGUGCGAGACUGGUAUUCUGGUGUACGUGAAGCCUGAGCUUUGCUGCAGUCGUGCUCAGGAGACGCAGACCAUGAAGAGAGACGGCGCUAUCUCGACUGAUGCCUCAGGUCUGCUCAAGAUUUCCCCGAAAGCCCAGGACCCCAGGUGCGAGGCUUCAACCGAACUGAAGCUACGAGCUGCGCUCCAGCGCCACAGCCUAGCUAUGGAUUUGGCGGGAAUUGCAGAGUUUACGGUAGUUGAGGCUUGGGUGCAGUUUCUCUUCACUCAUGUGGCUCGUGAACAGCCCCAUGGAUUCAACAAGGUCACUUUGCAGCAGUUGGUGGAGUGUGACAAGCAGAUGUUCACUUUGGCGGCUCACCGCACUAUGGGAUGUUUGCAACGUGGUCCCGCCGAGCCAAAGCCUCAAGAUGAAGCUAUUCAGGCGAAGAAAACCUCGCAUGAGGUCUUGCAGUACCUCACGCCUUUGCCGGCAUUUCGUACGCAUGAGUCCACUUCGGCUCCUUCCAAUCCAAGGCCUCCGAAGAUGCCCAAAAAGGAGGAACGCCCGAACAGCAAGGGAACAGGCAAAGCCUCAGGGAGCCCGGGGCCGAGGCCAAACCUCCCGGAAGGUUGUGUGGCAACAGAUGAUGACGGCAAGCCACUCUGCUUUGCGUUUCAGUCUGGAAAGUGCAAAUUCAAGGGCCCGCCUGGCAAACGUUGUGCCUGA